GGGGGCGCGAGCGGUGACUUUCUGAAAGAGGAAACUCCAGGAGGGGGAAAUAAGGAGGAAUAAUGCACUAGAGGAGGGAGGCUGCUAGGCGUGCAGAGAAUCAGCAGCACCUACAGCAACUGACAUCCCUGCUGCAGUGCCGCUACCUUGGCUGGCUGAUACUGUCAAUGGAGCUGGAAAAUAUCGUUGCCAACACCGUCUUGCUGAAAGCCAGGGAAGGGCAUGUCUACACUUACCUCCGGAGCGAUCGAUCCAGCAGGGGUCUACAUUUAUCGUGUCUAGUGAAGACGUGGUAAAUUGACCGCCGAGUGCUGUCCCGUCAACUCUGGUACUCCACUGGAACGAGAGGUGCAGGCGGAGUCGAUGAGGGAGCGUCAGCAAUCAACUUAUCACAGUGAAGAAACCGCGGCAUUUGGUGAUGAGGACAUUUCCUGCAGGGGAAAAUAAUCUGAAGAUCAAGUAUGGACAGGGGGUGGAGGAAAGCGCAAAGGCAAAAGCAAAAAGUGGAAGGAAAUCUUGAAAUUCCCUCACAUUAGCCUGUGUGAAGAUCUCCGAAGAACAAUAGAUAGAGAUUAUUACAGUUUAUGCGACAAGCAGCCAAUUGGAAGGUUUCUCUUUCGGCAGUUCUGUGAAACUCGACCGGAGCUUGAGUGUUACAUUAGGUUCCUUGACUCGGUGGCAGAGUAUGAAAUUGCUCCAGAUGAAAAACUGGGAGAGAAAGGAAAGGAAAUCAUGAUGAAAUACCUCACACCAGAGUCCCCAGUUUAUGUUGCAGAAGUCAGUCAAGAUCUUGUCCAGCAGACUGAGGAAAAACUUGAAAUCAGCCCCUGCAAAGAGCUGUUUUCUCACUGUGCAAAAUCUGUCCUUGACUACCUAAGUGGAGAGCCAUUUCAAGAAUACCUAGGCAGCAUGUACUUUGAUAGGUUUCUGCAGUGGAAGUGGUUGGAAAGGCAACCAGUAACGAAAAACACAUUUAGGCAGUACAGGGUACUAGGAAAAGGUGGUUUUGGGGAGGUCUGUGCUUGCCAAGUCCGAGCGACAGGGAAAAUGUAUGCCUGCAAAAGAUUAGAGAAGAAGAGAAUAAAAAAGAGGAAAGGCGAAUCCAUGGCACUAAAUGAAAAGCAGAUUUUAGAAAAAGUCAAUAGUCAAUUUGUAGUUAACUUAGCCUAUGCCUAUGAAACAAAGGAUGCACUGUGUUUAGUUCUGACCAUAAUGAAUGGGGGUGACUUGAAGUUCCACAUCUACAACAUGGGCAACCCAGGCUUUGAGGAGGAGAGAGCUUUGUUUUAUGCAGCAGAGAUUCUUUGUGGCUUGGAAGAUCUGCAUAGAGAAAACACGGUAUACAGAGAUUUGAAGCCAGAAAAUAUCCUGCUAGAUGAUUAUGGCCAUAUUAGAAUAUCUGACCUGGGUCUAGCUGUUAAAAUCCCAGAGGGUGACUCAAUCCGUGGAAGGGUAGGAACAGUAGGGUAUAUGGCACCAGAAGUCUUGAACAAUCAGAGAUACACCCUCAGCCCUGACUACUGGGGGCUAGGUUGCCUCAUUUAUGAAAUGAUUGCUGGACAAUCACCCUUUCGUGGAAGGAAAGAGAAGGUAAAGAGAGAAGAGGUGGACAGGAGAGUCCUGGAGACAGAAGAGGUGUACUCCCAUAAAUUUUCUGAGGAGGCAAAGUCUGUCUGUAAAAUGCUACUAACCAAAGAUGUGAAGCAGAGACUGGGAUGUCAGGGGGAAGGUGCAGUGGAAGUGAAGAAGCACCCAUUCUUCAAGAGCAUGAACUUCAAACGAUUAGAAGCAGGAAUGUUGGACCCCCCCUUUGUCCCUGAUCCCAGAGCCGUGUACUGCAAGGAUGUGUUAGACAUCGAGCAAUUCUCCACAGUGAAAGGGGUAAACCUGGACCAAACAGAUGAUGAUUUCUAUUCCAAGUUUUCCACAGGAUCCGUAUCUAUUCCAUGGCAGAAUGAGAUGAUAGAAACAGAGUGUUUUAAAGAACUAAAUGUGUUUGGACCAAAUGGUACUAUUUCACCAGACCUAAACAAAAGCUACCCCCCCGAGCCACCCAAGAAAGGAUUACUACAUAGAAUAUUUAAACGUCAGCAUCAAAACAAUUCAAAGAGUUCACCGAAUUCAAAGGCGAGUUUAAAUCACCACAUAAAUUCAAACCAUGAUCAAAGGACUUCAAAAGGGAAUCCCAGGCGUUCUGGAAAUCAAAUGGCCCCCAAGGAACCAUCACUACCAGGAAAGAAGAAACAUGUCAGAUAGUGCCUGGAUUAUAAAUGUAUUUUCCAUUCUUGUCAUUCCACAGCUGUUCAGUGUGUUUAUUAACCAGUCCAUGUGAGUUAUAUUGUAUGUGUUGAGUGCAAUCUCCUUUGAUUGCACUUUUUAAAUACUGGACACUCAUCUAAAAGACUCAACUUUUUGCCUUUCCUUUGAAGGUGGAGGAUGUAAAAACUUCAUUUUGCAUUUCCAAGCAAUGUAGAUAGAUCUAAAAAUUUCAUGAACCAUCUUGUAUUUGCCCAUAUCUGACUAAUGAUUAAAUUGUAAAACUGCAGAGUUUCAUAUUACGACUAGUCUUUUCACCUGCUUCGAAAAUUAAAAUUCACAUUUGGUAUUAACACACACACACACAGAGUAGUAUUCUGAUCUAAUUUGAAAAGCAUAUCCAGGAAUAAAUGUUUUUAAGCACUGCUAAUAUUGUAGUCUCUGUAAGGGGAACAGACACUUCUAAAGAAAUGUUAAAGUUGUCUUUCAUAAUUCAGUCAACAAAUCAGUUUUGUAAUAAAUUAAAGCAGAUGUUCUCAAUUAGAAGAACUAGUGGCUGUUGACAUUGUACACACACAAAAAAUCAUUCUAGUAUCCAAAGGGUUUUUUGUUGUUGUUUUAUUACAGGGAGAUUCUAACAUUGUUUUAUGAAACUAGUUUCAUUUUGAGGUUAUUACUGAAGAUAAUGGCUUCUGUGUUCUAUGGCUGCUUGAAUUCUUCGUACAUAAUGUCUAAUAAUGUCACAGUGCUGCUGUAUCUAGAUCAAACCACUGUUUUGUUUUGGUUUUGUUUGGGGAUUUUUUUAGAAAAAUAAAUUCUUUAAUUUAAAUACAUUAAAAUUACUCAUUCUGA